AAGAAUAAAAAAAAAAAAGGAGAGACAUCUCCAUCUCCAUCUCCAUCUAAGAAAAUCAUCAAGGAAACUAGAAACCCAAGCUUUAAAGGCAAACAAAACCCCACGCUCCCCUUCUCUCUCUCUCUCUAAAAAAGCUUCUUUUUCUGCACAUUUUUUGGGGGUAAAAAUUGUAAAACCAAACAUGGAAUGGACCCAAUAAGGCGCCUUUCUUGAAUUGCAAUUCACAAUUCAAAUUUCUAGCCAUAUAAACGACCCCAAUUGGAAGGAUUUUCCCAGAGAAAGCAAGAACACUGAAAUGGGUGAAUCGGCCUGCCUGAUGAGCUCAUCAUCCGACCCUUCUGAGUGUUCCCCUGAAGUCAAAGAGGGCGACCCCCUUCACUGCCUAGGAGAAUCGAUCUCCUUCGGUAGGUAUAUGUCAGAACCUCUUGCUUGGGAGAAAUGGUCAGCAUUUUCCCACAAUCGAUACUUAGAAGAAGUCGAGAAGUUCUCCAAGCCCGGCUCUGUUGCUCUGAAGAAGGCUUAUUUUGAAGCUCAUUACAAGAAAAAAGCUGCCGAGAAAGCAGCAGCCUUGCUUGAGGUGACAAAUGCUGAUGCCUGUAAUGUUACAGCAUCAUCGGUAACUGUGUACGGAAAUUGUGAGAGCUCCUCCGUGGACAUAGAACCGGCAAAUGGAGGGAGCCAGAUGGUUGUUGAUAAAGAACAGGAAAAUGUUGCUCCAUAUUCUGAGGUAGAAGUAUACUCAGCUGAUGUGAAUAGCCAUAAUCAAAAUGUUGAAGGGAAUCAAUUGGAUAUCACCAAGGUGGACGGAUCAGAAGCGAUGAUUGAAGAAAGUGUUAAUUUGGAAAAUCCUAUUCACGUUGAAAUAUCAAACCAGUUUAAAAAUGGCAAAGACCAAAAUGAGAUUGUUGCCACCCUAGAAGAGAAGAUGCCAGAGACGAUCCUCCAGGAAGCUUCCGGUGAGGAGAAUCUUGCUUCAAUGAGCAAGAAAAGAUUGAUGAACUCUUCCCCAAGGUUAUCCACUAAAGGUAGAGCACCCAAGGUGCCACCGUCUCCUGCCAAACAAGCAAUUCGUGUGCAAACCAUAAACGGGAAAAAUGCCACUCAAAUGGGUAAGAAGGUUUCAUCAGACUUAGUUGACAAGAGGAGUUUGACUGCAAAAUCUCUCCACAUGUCAAUGCACUUCACUUCUCAUGUGGGCGAAAAUGAAACCAGUAAAAGAACUUCACCAGUUGUUGAGAAGACCAGAAAUUCGAGAAGUAAAAUGACUAAACUUAAUAUCUCCAUAAAUGAUCCGGCUUCUCAUCGACGAACUGCUAUUAGGGCAUCUGUUGGCGGGGUAUUAAUGCAGUCUUCAGUAGAACCAUGGUCCAAAGAUAGAAGGGCAAAAACAUUACUGAAUAAGUCAGUAGCUGGACCAAUUGGAGAUGGGAAAUGGAUAUCCUCCUCAAAAGACCAAUCUUCUACUGCAAACGGAAGUAAACCACGACCCCCUAUUGUAUCAUGUCCUUUUAGAUUGAAGAGUGAAGAAAGAGCAGAAAAGCGUAAAGAGUUCUAUCAGAGGCUGGAAGAGAAGAAAAUUGCCAAGGAGGCUGAACAUAAGCUGUUGCAACUGAGAUCUAAUAAAAGGGAAAAAGCAGUGGGUGAUGUUAAUAAACUGCACCAGAGCACUGCCUUAAAGCAAAACGAAACCAAGUUCUCUCCUCGGGACCACAAUUGCCAAGUAAUCACUUGAACAAGAUUCCUCCGUCACAGUCUCGGUCACCCAAACUUGGGAGGCACUCUACCGUCAGCAAAAUUCUGGACUCAAGCUCUCGACCUUUUGUCAAUUCUCACAGCUCCAAGUGUGUCACACAAAAAUACAAUUUGAGCACAAAUCGAAUGGUGCCUUCUCUUUCAAAAAAGAAUGCUCACGAGAAUUCUCCUCCCAAUAUCCAGAGUUGAGGGUGUCUAGCUUAGGGAUAUGCAUGGAGAUUGAUUGACUCAGCAGGUUGACACCCUCUGAUCGAAAAGAAAAAGAAAAGUCCGGUUACCACCCAGAAGGGCCACAACUACUUUCUGUAAUACAAAAUAUGGGGAAAGAAAAUUAACAUGCGAGGAUAGUAUGGUUUUCUUUCGGGGAACGGGGGCAUUUUGUUGAGGUCUUUCUGUUAGAAGUGAAAUUUUGUAGGGUUUAUCUUUCAUUUCUACGGUGCUUCUUUUGUUCUUUUGGGUGACUGUAAAUAGAUCAAUAUACAAAAGUUAGGAAUGAUUACAUAUUUUGGUUGCUCCAUGUA